AGCGGGGAGCAGCGAAGCGGACCACGACCCCCUCCUGUUUUUAAACAUUACGCCAUUGGUGACUCUGACUCAGACUCAGUCUUCUCCCUCUGUCGGCUCGGCCCCAUUCUACUCACGAGACCUCCAUGCUUCUCCUCUUUUUUUUCAGUUGACCGUCGGUCUUCUUCUUCUUUUAUCCUGCAAUUUUGGACUCAUUUCUUUUUUCUUUUUUUUCUCUUUAUAUAUACAUAUACAAACCAAACAAACCAAGAAUCCAUUCCAUUCCUUUGAACCAAGCUUUCCUUUUCUUACUUUCUUCUCAAGUUUUCAAGAUCGUUUGAUCGGAAUACGUAAUGACGAUGGGAGGAGUGGACGAAGGAAGAUUAGCCAGGAAGUUCUGGAUCAAGUUCAAGAACGAGUCUGUUUUUAUUAUGUACAGUCCUUUCUUUGUUUCUUUAGCCUCUGGGACUUUGAACUCUGAUACUUUUCUUAAUUGCGUCUCUCAAGAUGUUCAUUUCCUUAAAGCCUUUGCUCACUCUUAUGAAUUGGCAGAAGAAUGUGCAGACGAUGAAGAAGACAAGUGUGCCAUACGCAAGCUUCGGAAACGUGUUAAACAUAAGCUUAAAACGCUCGAUACGCUUGUCAGCGAAUGGGGCUUUGAACUCCCAGAAGAGUGCAUUACCAACAAUGCAACACUCAAAUACACAGACUUUUUGCUGGCAACAGCCUCCGGUAAAGUUGAAGGAGAAAAAGUUCUUGGCAAAAUCGAAACUCCUUUUGAGAAGACAAAAGUUGCUGCUUAUACAAUUGGUGCUAUAUCACCUUGCUUGAGGCUCUUUGCAUUUAUAACUAAAGAGAUCCAGCCUCUUCUAGAUCCUAAUGAUAGUUCUCACGUUUACAAGAAGUGGAUUGAAUAUUAUUGCUCUGAAAAUUUUGAGGAAUUAACUGCGCAAACUGAGGAGUUGCUGGAUAAACUAAGUGUUUCUCUGACAGGAGAAGAGCUUGAUGUCAUUGAAAAGCUCUAUCAUCAAGCUAUGAAACUUGAAGUAGAUUUUUACUCUGCUCAACCAAUGGUGCAGCCAACAGUAAUUCCUUUGUCUUGGGUUAAGGAUCCUGUGGAAGGCCAACUUACCAUAUUCUGUGACUUUGACUUGACGUGCACCGCUUUCGAUUCCUCUGCCAUUUUAGCAGAAAUUGCAAUUGUAAGAUCACAAAAGGCUGAUCCUGAUCAGUCUGAAUCAAAACUCACUCGAAUGUCAUCUGCUGAUUUGAGGAAUACAUGGGGAGUUCUUUCCACCAAGUAUACUGAAGAGUAUGAACUAUGCAUAGAUAGUAUAUUGCCUUCUGAAGCAGGAAAAUUUGAUUAUAAAGGUUUGUGUGAAGCACUCAAGCAACUUGCAGAGUUUGAGAGGAAGGCAAAUUCAAGGGUGGUAGAGUCAGGAGUACUGAAGGGUUUAAAUCUGGAGGACAUAAAACGAACUGGUCAACUUCUCAUGCUUCAAGAUGGAUGUAGAGGGUUCUUCCAAAAGAUUGUAAAAUGUGAAAAUUAUAAGACUGAUGUUCAUGUUCUUUCGUACUGUUGGUGUGGUGAUCUUAUUCGGUCUGCUUUCUCAUCAGGGGAUCUAAAUGUGCUGAAAGUACAUUCAAAUGAAUUAGUAUAUGAAGAAUCCAUAUCGACAGGUGAUAUUGUUAAGAAUCUGGAGUCUCCCUUGGAAAAGCGUCAAAUCUUCAAUGACAUUGUAAAGGACCGCAGCAAUAAUGAGCAGAACUUGACAGUUUAUAUUGGAGGUUCACCAGCUGACUUGCUCUGCCUUCUUGAAGCAGAUAUAGGCAUAGUAUUUGGUUCAAGUUCAAGCCUGAGGAGACUGGGUGAGCAGUUUGGGGUUUCUUUUGUCCCAUUGUUCUCUGGUUUGGUAGAGAAACAAAAGGAACUUACAAACGGCGGUUCCUUUACAUGGAAAAGAAUGUCCGGCACAUUAUACACAGUUUCUAGUUGGGCUGAAAUACAAGCAUUUAUUCUGGGGUCAUAACUUGCGACCUUCUAAGCGGUAUCUAGUUACUUGUUUGAAGAAACCGGAUCAUAGAUUCAUUUACAACAGUAGGAUAUACAGAUUAUAUAGAUGGUGGCUAAUUUUACUGGAGGGCCACCGGUAAGCCCUUAAUUCUUUUUUCUUCUUUAGGGUCUGCCAUCCAAUAAUAUAGAGAUUUUGUAAUUAGAGUCACAAUAACAUUGUUACAGUCUAAACAAAUUGUUAAUCCCCUUGUUUUACACCUUCUGUGUUUACUUUUAUAAUUUUUCCUUUCAUGGUUUCUUGUUGCAUAUUAAGCCUUGCAACAAGAUGACUUUUCUCAUAAUGCUGAAGAGGGAAAAGAUACUAUUUCGCUGGGUUGUAUAAUUGAUUAAUGUUGAUCUUGAAUUUGAACUCAAAUAAUAUUUUCUUA